UGCUGUUGUUCAAAAAGUCUAAGCUAAGAAAAAAACUCCGUUUCAAAUCAUCCUCAUUGCCCGUGUUACAGCUUUGCACCUGGCAACAAUCUAUUUGCCAUGAAAGUCCUCAUUCUUGGUGCUGGAUAUGGCACCCGCCUGCAGCGAGAUCUCAUCCAUGCCGAAGAGUAUCGUCAUUUACGUGGCAUUCCCAAAGCGCUUUUGCCACUAGGGGAUCGUGAUGCACUGAUUACCUAUUGGCUGCAGUUAUUCAAAGAAUACGGGAUUGGAGAAGACGACAUUUAUAUUGUCACAAACGAUACAUGUUAUCCGUAUUUCGAAGCGUGGGCACAACGCCAUGAAGUCUCCUUGGGUAACAUUGUAUCGGAUGGCACGACCACCAAUGAUACCCGUCUAGGUGCCGUACCUGACAUAUCCUUUGCGUUGCAUCAUUUUCAUUUGAAUCAUGAUGACAUUCUCAUUGUGGGAGGAGAUACCUUACUUCUGGAUGAUUUCAGUUUGGAUGCCUUUUUAUCUCGAGUACCCACAGGGCCAUGCCUUGUUGCAACCUACACAGUGUCGGAUGACCAAGUUUCCAAAGUCGGGAUUGUUGAAACCAAUCCCGAAGGUCUCAUCACCAGUUUUCUGGAAAAACCUGAUCCCUCACAGACUACCUCGAGACUAGCGUGUCCUUGCUUCUACUUGCUGCGUCGAGAUGCAUUGAAGUAUAUUGACGAAUUCAUCGCUCUCUGUCAAGCGAACCAUGAACCUAAAGAAGCCUAUGAUGCCACCGGCAAGCUCUUAAGCUACCUGUAUCCUCGCUUUCCUAUCCUUACCUUUCCCAUCGCUGGACGGAUCGAUGUGGGCAAUUUACAAUCUUACAUAGAGGCCCAUCAUUAUCUUUUGAACAAAUGACGGACACUGACGUACCUGCUUUGACGCAACUAGAGGGAUACU